UCAGUGAUAUCUUCAAAAUAUUUUUUAAUUUUGGCGCACUUUUUUCUCUAUAUAGUGUUGAAAUGGUAACUAGUAAAUACCAUACAUUUUGUUAUGCUAGCAUGUGUGGAAAUAUUCAAACCACGUGUGUUACAACUAUAUACCCAAUGGGAGGUGCAUUACACAGUUGUUGAAGGAGAGGAGGAGCUCUAUGAGGUCAAAAGAAAACAGCAAAAAGAGUGACUUUGUAGUAGUAGAAGAAGAAGAAGCAUAGCAGACAAAUAGAAAAGAGAGGAGCGCAUGAAUGAAAAAGUACAGAAGGAAAUCAGAGUAUGGGUGGAGAAGGAGUGGUGGACGCAAAACCUGGCCAGUCUGGGUGGAAGCAGUUCCAGUGCCCCAUAGCUGAUCCACGCUUUCCUAGGGAAGAUAUAAAGCAGAUAGGGAAGGAGUGUCAGUACGAGAGCUUCUGGUAUCGAGCUCUUCCACUGUCUGCCAGCAGCAUGGCUGUGACUGGUGGCCUCAUAUAUAGCGGUAAGAUUCAGUCUACAAAUAAUGUAAUCAAGAUUCAUUACACAAAGCUGUUGGCUUUGAGCCGUGAUUUCAGGAGCAGUUUGGGCCGUUUUGUUUAAAUGAAACGAAAUAAUAUAUACAGUUAAGUCCAUAUA